CUAUAUGUGGAUAGUUACCGAUAUCAAAACCAUUAUUGCUUUCAUAGAUUUAAGUUACUAUAGUAUAGUUAAUGAUAGAAAUAUUUAAAUCGUAAGAAGAUGUAGUUUUUAAGAAGUGUUUGUUUUAUUAAAUUAAUGUUCAGUUUAUAUCCAAAUAUUUCAAUAACCAAUAGAUCAAAUAAGGAUUACUCAUGUUAAGGAUAUCAUAUAGGGAGCGUAAAUAACGAACAGACGGACACAAUGUUGGGAAGUUUUCUACAGACGUUUAUAGCAUUUUUCUUGUUUACACUAGAGUGCUUUCAUAUAUGCGGUCAUACACUGAUUUUGUUUCGAGUGCGGUUACUUCCGCGGAAGGAUUUGGUCCGAAUUAGGUACUACUUUUUGGUCGAGCUUCUCACCGUAUUUUCAUCAUCCAUGCUGUUUACGGGGAAAUUAAAAUGGCUAGCUGCUUGUCAAGUAAUUUCACAUGCAUUCUACUUCAUCUUCUGGGAGAAGAAUUGGGUCACAAGAAAGAUUGUUACAUGGAGCUCAUUAGACUGGUUUAAAAGCGAUCUCAGAACACGUUGGGAACUCGACUCAAUUAUUGGUGUCACAUUUGAUAUUGUGGUCCAUAUAUGUAUGGCGUACUAUCUUGGACAAUAUCUUGAUGUUGCAGAAGUAAUAGUUUCCUUGUCCAUCGUACACGUGGGCGUACUCGUGUUGCUGUUCGGACCUUAUUAUGCUUGGGCCUCUCCAGGAAAGGAACCUACCUGGAUUGAUAAACGAAUUCACCCGGAGAGGAUAAAUAAGAAAAAGUGUUAAUAUAUUUGUAGAGGUUUUAUUUUCGAUAUAUCCUAACACUAUUUUUCUAGUUUGGUUUUAUCGAUUCGCUGAAAAAGUGCUGCUGGCCCUGUGUUCAUUUAGACUUAAGGAUACAAAUUCAAAACUGUACAAUUCUCAAAUUGCUAUAGCUUUAAUCUUCAAUAUUACACUAAUAAAAGCGAGCUUGCAAACGCAUGUUUCUGUUUUGUUUUUGUUGUUGUUGUUGUUGUUGUUUUACUAUUUUACAAUUACAUUAAUAUUACUGGUAAAUGCACACUUUACAGCUGAUCCAGAUAUUGGUCGUAAUCUUAAUAUCGAUGGUUAUUUUUUUAUCAUUUAAACCCAGUUAUUCUUGCAUUUUGUAUUGUUAUUCAUAAACUUUAUAAAAGAUUUGUUUCUAAGUACAAUCGACAAUCUUCUUAUAUUUUUGUUUAUGUAACAUAUCAUUUUAUUACUUAAUAUGAUAAGUGCUUGUUUCAUUGAUGUUUUAGAUUUUAUUACAAAAUACAGGUGAGCAAUAUACCCAUGAUUACAUGGUAUACACACGCACGCCGCGCACAUAUAGAAACAUUAUAUCAAGGUCGUUGUACAAAUACAACAUACUUUUAACACGUAUUGAGACUGAAUUUGCGUUUAAUAUGAACAGCAUAACCACAUUACCAUAUUGCAGCAUUAUGUUUGUCUUUUAACAAUUUCUUACAAUAUUUAAGAUGUAUAUGUUCUAACACAUGACAACCAGUCAAUAUCAAGACUUGCGAGGCAUGGUAUAGAAUUUGUAAAAUAUCUUUAUCAAACAGAUUCAGUUUAUGUUUAUCUGACUUGCGAGGAAUUCUUAUCAGCUCUUUUUCAACUGAAUACAACGAAUUCAAUGCUUGUCUAAAAAGUCUUUCGAAAUUCAUAUUUAAAAGAACAGCCAACAUGUACACGUGGAAAGGAACAUUAAGUUCAGAGAAUAUGAUAUUUUGUUCUUAUUUUAGGUAUAUAUUGUUAAAAUAAAAACAACUUUAUCGGCUCUGGAUUAUUUACAAAUUGAAAAUAUGUUUUGAAAUCUCUUGUGGUUAACUUACAAUGAUUAUUUUCAUUAGAUACAGUAUCUUUUUUUUUACAUUUUUCAAUAUAACCUA